AAGCAGCAGUGCGACAUCCGAUCUUGAAAUUUCAAAAUAAAAUAUCGGCUAGUAUAUUAAAGUUUUUAAAUAUUCACUAACACAAACUGCACUUUCCGUACUGGACAUUUACAAACAUAGACUCAUUUGUGUUGACAUUUAGAUUCACAAUUUUUACAUUUUUAAAACGUUUUUAUUAUUCACAUUACAAUGUUAUCAACACAGGAGGACACGUGCUUCAUUAUAACCAUUGUGUGUGAGUAACCCACCUAUCAUCUCAGGAUAAAAAAAGAUAAUUAUCAGUAAGAUGCUGCUGUUGUGUGGGUGGAUAUAUGGCCCCAGUUUGUGCCUCUGCUCAGAAAUGCGCCCUAAAAAAGGUUAGUACAAACAAAUUUUAAAAUAUCCAUUUUUAUUUUGGACCCUUAAAACCGGUUAACUUGAAAGGAUUUUAAUUUAUGUUAAUAUGCAUAUUUUAUUUUAAAGACAAGCCCUCUGUUUCCGGUGUAAGUUGCGUUUCUUUCACUUGACGCAGCUCAUUCACUGCGGCUGCGCACAGCACUGUGCAGCUGUAAAAAAAAAAAAAGAAGGGAAAAACAGCAGUGUAAACUCAGUAAAUGGCGACAUCUGCUGGACAGAAUCAGUGCAUGCUGCUCUCGAGUAAAAAAGUCCACGUUUUACUGACGCUCUUACAAAGUCUGAUUACUGUUUCUGCCACCUGGACAUCAACCCGGUGCUGGUCUGGAUCCAUACAGUCAUAGGACAGUCAUAAUAGAGUUUUCGGUGGAUCGUGGUUGUUUUAAUCCCUUCAGCCUCUGACGCUGCUUCAGUUUAGGACAAAAUGAUGGGAAGCUGCAGGGGCAUGUCCUCCUCUCUCCAGAGAUCCGGAAAUGUCAGCUGGUGUGUGGGCUCAGAGUCACCAACAUCUGUAGCUACAGCUCUGACAGCAACAGCCACUCCAGAGGAAUUUUCUCCCCAAAAGCACCAGUCGACUGAUUCAGGACCAAUCCCACUUCUCCUUCUGUCACAAGCAGAAAACACAAAGAGGACACAUCAGGUGGCUGUCACACGAUCCCAUCACUCCCAUUGGAACCAACACUCCAGCUCUGCUUUGUACACCAUUGACAAAGCUCCUAAUAGUCCUGCUGAGGAGGGUGAGGAUGGACGAAAGGGGAAUGUCAGACCUCCAAAGGCUGACAACAGGAGCAAAGAGGACCAGUCUCUCUUACAUCCAGAGGACCAAGGAUUCCUCCUUCCCAGGAGCAGUCCAGUCAUCUCCAGACGCCACAGGCCCCUAUCAUGGCAUGGAGGGGGCAUUGACACAUCAGCUCCCUCAAGCAUCCCAUCUCCUCUGGAUCAGCAGUGUUGCCUGGCAGUCACCAGUGUGGAGGAUCUGGCAUCCAACCCAGAUCACCAUUCAGCCCAGCUCCAGGAAGACAAGAAGUCACGCUGCGUCUCUGUCUCUUCAAGUCUGUACCGCCUAUUAAUUGCUGGGCUCCAGCUUCCCAUCAGUGGACAGCAGGGAUUGGCAGAGGAGCACAGAGGGCGGAGCCUAACCAGCUGUGAUGCCUCUCACUCAUCAGGUAGAAAAUGUUUAAUUAUUACCAGUGUAUUUACUGUGUCUAUAAGAACAGAACAGCAAGGUGGUGCUGCUACAGUAACCCAGGCAUCCCAAGGUUAUUUCAGCAAAGUUCUAAUGUUUCUCCUUGGACCUCCAAGACACGAGGAGAGCACACUGGAGGAGGAGGAGGGCGCUCUCCGAAAGAUCAGGGGAGAGGUGGCGGGCUCUCAGGGACAGUCUCAAAUAGACAAAAUGCCAACCAGUCACCAGAAUAGCAGGGUCUAUGAAUUCAGCAGUGCCGAUUUUAGGAAACAAAUCGAUAGGGAUAAUGAGGCACUGAUAAAACUGGAGAAAAGGAAACAAGUCAUGGCUGAAUAUGAAAAUCGUAAGCAUGACGAAAUGAUGCAGUCUAGAUGGGAAAAUUGUCUGAAGAAGGAUCAGGACAUCCUCCUCCAGAGAAGCCUCCAAAAGCAGUCUGUGGCACAGUAUCAGGUAAGUCAGAUGAAGGAAAGGGAGGUGCUGAAACAGAAAGAGAGACUGCAGGACCAGAGAAAUGGACAAAUGCUCCGGAGGCUUGAUGAACAACAUGCGCAGAAACUAGCACAUUGGGCAGAACAACAGAGGGAGUCAAAGAUGAGGAAUUUGAAGCAGCGACUGGAUGAUAUCCACGAAAGACACCUCUAUACGGAGAAACAGAGGGAAAUAAUAAGGAGUGAGGAGCAGAAAGCCAGACUUGCUCAGAUAGAAUCUGAGCAAAAGCUGCUCCAAAGAAAAACUGAACAAGUAGAAAGGUUCAGGAGGCUCCAGGUACCCAAACAGAUUGUUUAUGACCAACUGGCAGCCUCAAAGAAGAAGCAGGCUACUGCUGUGGCUCUUAUGGAAGAGCAGAGGAUGUAUGUGGUUGAGAGAGAGGCUGAACUAGCAAAGCAGAAGAAGGAGAGGGAGGAGACAAGGGCUGCAGAGCUUCAGUCUGUUUCUGCCCACAGAAAGACAGUCAUAAAGGAUAAAGAGCUGAAGAAAAAGGCAGAGCAGCAGAGGAGUGUGGGCUUUCUUCAGGCUGCAAAAGAGGCUGACAGGUUGUCCCUAGCUGAAGAAAAGCUGAAGGCUCAGAAGAUCAGAGAGGAGAGACUCAAAGCAGAUAAGGUCAAUGUCUCUCUGGCAGCUGAAAAACAUGGCAACCUUCAGCAGCAGAAAAGGGAUCAAUUUUCUGCAGAGACGAGGCCAGAACCGACUGCUGUGAAGGGGUCACACCUCCAGCAGGAUGUUCAGCCUGAACACAAGAAGCUAGGGAGAAAACAGCUUCAGAGGCUGCAGCUCAGCGAUGAAGACCCCAAUAAGAUCGCCUUGGGGCAUGUCCUCCUCCCACCCAUUUCCAAAGCAGCUAAAGACAUCUUAGCUGCCAACAACGCAACCAGGAAAGGGUUUGGGAAAUUCUUUAGUGGUGAAGGGUCCAGUUACCUCUCUGCAGAUACCAGUGAGCCACUGCCCAGAUAUUCUAAGGCUAAACCUUCGAAUAUUAAACUGCUUCAGGGUCGCAACAAACUGGAGCCCAAACAGACCAGGAAUAACACACUAAGGGGAUGUAUUAUAACUAACUGUAGGAAUUAUUUUUCUCUAGGUAAAAAAAUAAAUAAUACAUUCCUGAAUAUCAUUUUAUGCAUCUUCAUUCCAGAAAGUGGAGUAGACACUACACUGACACAGAGACAUUCUCCCAGAAAUGCAGAGUGGCUGGCCCAGCAGCUGGUGCUGGAGUUCAAGAGGAGCUGGCUUCCUUCCAACCAGCCUCAACAUGGACGGCAAAGCCUCCAUAGCUCUCUACAGGAGUAUGAAUAUUGCAGGUACCCUGUGAGUGAUUUCUCCAAACAGCUGCUGGCUUCAGUUUGGCAUCAGCCUCUGUUUGACCUGACCUGCGUUGGUAAGACACUGAACAGCAGAGUGAAAGAGCUGGACAAGUUCAGGGAGCUCCAGGAUCAGCUGCUGGGUGUCAGGAAGCUGCUGAAGGCCUGCAGAUUUUCUGGAAGGGUGAUGACUGAGUUUGAACAGCUUCCUGCUCAUUUGAUGGAGCAGCCUCACCUCUUCUCCAUGGAGGACCUCCUGAGGGUGAAGAAGGGUCAGCUUGUGCUGCAGGCUAAGGCAUUGCUGCACUCCUCCAUCCAUCAUGUCGAAAAUUGUGAGUUGUGUCUGGCCCGAGGUUUUAUCUGCGAGUUCUGUCGAGAAAGAGACGUCAUCUUUCCUUUUCAGAGUGACAUAUGUAAGCGCUGUCCAGCGUGCAGGGCCUGCUUUCACAAACACUGUUUUUUGGAAAAGAAGUGUCCGAAAUGUGCACGGAUCCAGUCACGCAAAAAACGUAAAGAUCCAUGAAGUGCGACAUCUGACCAACUGCAGCUCACCUCUCUGAUUCACAUCACCUUUACCACAGUUUUACAUAUGACACUGUUGUACAUGAAAUGUAAAUUAAUUUCUAUACUCAUCUCCUCUUAGUGCUCACCUAAAUAAUCAUUUCAACAUCACCAGGGAAUACAAACCCACAACGUUAAACAUUUAAAUGUUGUUAAACAUUUCCUGUGGAAAUAAAACUGGUGGGGGAGUGUUUCUAU